CAGUGGUUUAUCCAAAAACACAUAUUCGACAUAGAAAUUCACAAAAUACGUAUGUCACAAGAAAGAUGAGUAUGUUCACAGUUCAUUGAUUGUUUUCGAGUUAAUGUCAGUCAUCGGAGUCGCGGGUGCCGGAUGCCGGGCCAGCACCAAACAAUCGGCAAAUUGGCAGUUCACAAAAAAAACUGACGAGUAUCAAGGUCGAUAAAUAAGAGGAUCGGUCAGUUCACAACAAAACUUAUGUAAGACCGCUCGUGUCAUGAUGGUCCGCGGCACGCGUCUGAUCGCACUCGCAUUGUCGUUGCUAUCCUGCCGAGCGCAGCCGGACGGACUACUGCCAGCGCUAGCAGACACGACACGACAAAUAACAGGCGCGGUUGUGUCGCAGCCAUUGUUCCAGAUAGUAGCACAGGGCGCUGGCGAACUGUUCGCCAGAACGGUGUAUGACGUCACCAGAAUCCCUGUGGCCAUCGCUCGGGCACUCGGCGUCCAAGGAGAUAUUCCAGUCCUCAUAAACGAAAGCAACUUAGCCGGUCAGACUGACAAAAUCCUCGCAGAAUUUCAAGCCGGUUUGGGGAACGAAGACGCUACGCUCAGUAUCGAUAAACUUAUCACCAAAUAUGGAUACCCAGUUGAAAAACACGAAACAGUGACUGAAGACGGGUACGCGUUGAAUAUGUUCAGGAUCCCCGGGAGAGGACCUGUCGUGUUUCUUAUGCAUGGGUUGCUGGGCAGCGCUGAUGACUUCGUGAUCGCCGGCCCAGAGAGCAGCCUCGCGUAUCUCUUGGCGGAAGAAGGCUACGACGUGUGGAUGGGGAACGCUCGAGGGAACAAGCAUUCCCGCCGCCAUAUUCAGUUAGAUCCAUCCGAGGCAGUUUUCUGGGACUUCUCAUGGCACGAGAUAGGUUACUACGACCUCCCGGCUAUGAUAGAUUACACGUUGAAUACCACGAGUCAGAAAUCCUUAAAAUACAUCGGCCACUCACAAGGUACGACCAGCUUCUUUGUAAUGGCUUCGGAGAGGCCAGAUUAUAAUGAUAAGAUAGCGUUAAUGAUUGCUCUUUCUCCUGGGGCUUAUUUAUCUCAUGCCCUUUCGCCAUUCGUGCGUCUGGCGGCUCCCGCGAGUGGAUUCCUCGGCGUGGUCGUACAAAGCUUUGGAUUGCAUGAAAUUCUUCCGGAUAGUGCUCUGAUAAGAAUCCUGAAGACGGUUUUAUGCGGCACCGGGCCUAUUGCAGAGAUUAUAUGUUACAACCAGCUGUUGCUAGGCACCGGGUUUGGCUUUGCCGAGUUGAAUGUAUCGAAUAUACCAGUGAUAAAUGGUCACACUCCGUCCGGAGCGGCUUUGAAGCAAGUGCUUCACUAUGGGCAGAAUUUCAACUCUGGCGAUUUCAAGCGGUACGAUUAUGGUGCGACAAAAAAUCUUAGAGUGUAUGGUAGUGAAGUGCCUCCAAGUUACCCUUUAGAGAGCAUACGAGCACCUGUUUCUUUAUUCUACAGCGACCACGAUUGGAUGGCCCACCCCGUGGACGUGGACGCAUUGUACCAGAGACUGGGGAACGCCAUAGAUAUUUACAAGAUACCGCAUCCCCAAUUCAACCAUUUGGAUUUCAUUUGGGCCAAACAUUUUCGAACGUUAAUAUUCGACAGAGUUCGAAAAUUAUUAGCUGCAUUUUGAUUAUAACUAAAGUAAAUUAAAGUAGGUACCAACACAAUAUUAUUAUUAUACUCAUGUUGUUAUUACCCUAUUAAUU